AUGGAGGACAGCACAAUCUCGCAGGCGGAGGUUCGCAUGGAGCAGCUGCGCCGCGUCGAACGCGAGUUUGUAGCCGAGGCCACGCAGACUGUGAAGCAAAUUGUGAUGCUUGACGACGACGGGCCGCGGGAGCUUCCCAAGUUCCUGCAGUGCUACCGCGUAGACAACAUAUUUUUCCGCCUCCUACCGGACAGUCGCUCGGGACGCAACUACGUGGCGUCACUUCGCGGUGUGCUGCAAAGCCGCACUCGCCUCUUGGCUGUGCCGCUAUCCAGUAUGUUUUUUUACAGGGGUAUGCCUGUGCUGGCGCAGGCUCUUGUCCCGAUGUCGCGGGAGCCAACGCGACUGUACGGCGCGGACUCCGUCAACAAUCAGGAGGUGGAGGCGGAGAUCUUGCACAUGGCGGAGGCUCUGAACAUUCCUUUGCCAAAUUUAAUUGUAUCUGAGGUGUAUGAGGGGCUGGAUGCUCGUUGGUAA